UAUUUGUUUUCAGAACGCGCUUUAUUAUUAUGCUUAGAUGUGUAGGUAGUUUAGGUAAAAUAUGGCGUCUGAAGUUUUCGCCGAAGAUUGUUUUGAUAGAGUUUGACUAAUUUAAGCUCUUCGCUAUGACGUGACAACCUAAUUGUGCAAGAAUGCUAGCCUUAGGCCUAAGAAGUAUACCUUCAUCCUCUAGUCUGUGACUAUACUUAUCUGGGGAGCAGUCAUGGCUGAUGACCUGCUGAGCCCAGAUGCCAUCAUCAAGGACCGAUGGCAAGUGAUAAAGAAAAUCGGAGGUGGUGGAUUCGGCGAAAUAUACGAAGCCCAAGAUUAUCUAUUAGAAGAGACCGUAGCCAUCAAACUAGAGUCCGCAUCUCAACCAAAGCAGGUUCUCAAAAUGGAGGUUGCGGUGCUUAAAAAACUUCAAGGUAAUAAUGGUUUCUUUCACAGUCCAUUCACCCUGAUUGAUUACUCUCUUAUAGAAAACAACAAUUCUUCUAAUUUUGCUAUAGGAAAACGGCAAGGCACAAGUCGUAAGGUUUACAUGCUUGACUUUGGUCUGGCCCGCCAGUACACUAACUCCCAAGGACAAGUUCGAUCGCCAAGACCAGUAGCUGGAUUCCGUGGAACUGUGCGCUAUGCAUCCGUCAAUGCUCACAAGAACAAGGAAAUGGGAAGACAUGAUGAUCUCUGGUCUCUCUUCUACAUGUUGGUUGAAUUUGUUGUUGGUCAGCUACCGUGGAGAAAGAUUAAAGACAAGGAGCAAGUUGGAUUGAUGAAGGAAAAGUAUGAUCACAAACUCAUGUUGAAGCACUUACCCUCCGAGUUCCGAACCUUCUUUGACCAUAUAUUUCAGCUACGGUAUGCAGAUAAACCAGAUUAUGAGCAUCUUAAUUCUCUAUUUCUACACUGUAUGAAUCGAAAAUCUGUAAAGCAAGGAGAUCCAUAUGACUGGGAGAAGGUCUAUGCUGAUGGAUCACUCACCACAACGACAGCUGAAACGACGUCUCCACCAAAGGAUCAGAAACAGCCUGGCGAAAUUGCUGUCAAUACCAAUGAAAUCGACGGAAAUCUAAGUGAACAUGACAAUAAAAUUGAGGAUAGGAUUCAAGAUGCUGAUGUUGACAUUGAUAAAGUUGUUUUGGAUUUGAGCAGAGAAAAACAAGAUGAGGAGAAGGAUGAUGAGGAAGAUGAAGAUGAGUAUGAUGUACCAUCUGACCAAGAAAGAGAUUCUCAUGAACAGGAAGGGGAUGAAAUAAAUGGCCCAGUGGAGAUUCAAGGAGGUCAGAAUUUACUGCAUGCUAUUGAAGCAUGUGGUAACAUGCUGGAAGUUCCUUCUAAGUAUAAGAAGCGACCAGUUAGUAAACGUCGGGAGCUAUUGAAGCGCAGACACAAGCAAAAACGUUACCGGACUCAUGAUAGCCAUGCCAUUAUUGAGGGCGAUAUGAGCACUUUUAAAGAGCAAGGCUUGACUGAAAAAGAACCUUCUAUUGAGGAUAACAUUCUGCAGAAAGAUGGUCAACUUCCACUGUUGGUACAGAAGCUUCAGCACCUUGAUGCAGAGCUUUUCCAUGAUGAAUGUAGAUCACUUCCAAGAGACAAAGAGUCUGAUAAAGUGGAAAUACAAGAGAAAGAGCAAGCUCUUCCUGGUGGUGGCCACAUUAAAACAGACAAUCUUCCACAUGAUUUACCUGAUCUUGAAUAUUUGACCAAAGCUGGUGCUAUUGAACCUAUGCAACAAGCUGGUUUCCAACUCUCUGCCUCGCAACCAGACCUUUUACCAAAUUUACCGAAUGAUAACCUAUUUGAAAAUGAGGCAGAAUUAGUUCCUAUGGAUUAUGAAGUAGAUAAAGGACUACAUGGAAAUGAUUUCAUUGAAAUGGGAUUAUUAUCAGCUGUAAAAGAAACUCAAGUAAAUAGUUCUGUUAAAGCUAUUAAUGAAAUUGAUUUGGUUGAUAUAGAAGCAAAACCUGUUGAACAAAGUGCAGAUUUAAAAGAGGUAAAUGAAUUGAAGCAAUCAGAUAAAAUCAAAGAAACCUCAGAAUCUGAAAAACAUGAACUUGUCUCUGACAAAAUUGUGAAUACACAAGACCAGUUGUUGCAAGAUGUUCUGAAUGAAGAUAAUCAGGAAGUUGAGGAGAAAGACAAAGUAAUAGGCAAUAAAUCCACCGAAGAUGUGCUUCAACCUCCAGAAGACAUACCUCACUUAACUUGUGACCUACCUCCUAUUGGAGAUUUGCUUUCUCCAGCCCAUUAUCAACCUCCACCAACUGCGUCCAUGCCCAUACCUGUUACUGCUCAAUCAGUACAUAUAACUGAUCAUUAUGACAUUGAAAUAGAGAUAGCGGAAGGCACUUCAGAUAUUGUUGAAGACAUUGUUGAUAAAAAAUCUAGGAUGGAACUAAACAAGGAAGUUAAUGCUAAAAUUAUUGACUUUGAAAAAAGCCGUCCUAAUGUAAAGUCAGUUAGUGAGGUAGAUUUGCAUAUAGAAUCAUCUGAAAAAAAUAUUUGUGCAGACAAAAAUGAGCAACCAGUCAUUGCCCCCUUGGUUCUGUCUGGAACUAAUGAAAUCUUGCCAAAAAAUGACAAUAUUGAUAUCGUUAAAUAUCAACCAAAUACAGUAAAUUCUGAUAUCAAUGAACCCAUGAGUGGAAAAAUACCAGUUGCAUUAUUAUCUCCUAAAAUGACUUCUGAUCGAUUACUGAUGGAAAAAAUACUGUUAGGAGAAGAAUUUGAAGAUGAUGUAGAAGAUUUAAACAUAAAAAAACCAGUCCAUAAUGAUGCAUUAACACUUGAAUGUAAAAAGCCUGACAAUUUGGAAAUUUGUAAUGGAGCAGACCGAAAGACAUCAAAAGAGCUUCUUGUUGAAAGAUCUGCAAUGAUGAAAUAUUCAAAAUCUUCAGACAGAGCACUUGUUGAAGAAAUAUUCACAGGUUUAGACAAAGAUGGAUCUAUAAAGGAGGAAAGUAAAAGGACUAAAAGAGAUGUGAAUGAUUCAUUAAAAACAUUUCAAAGACUUAUGAAAAAGUCUGCUGAAGAACUUUUGAAAUCAAGUGCAGAAGACACAGAAUCUUCACUUGGUAGAGGAAAAAGAACUCAAAAGAAUCAUUCUACAGAUAGGAAUAUUUCACAAAUAAGUGAAAGUGAACGAUCUGUUCCUUCAAAGCCUGAGGAACAGUUGUUUCUUUCAGCCUCUGAUGGAAAACUAGAUGAAGUCUCACCUUGUUCAGAUUUAGACGCUGUGAACUGGGUUAGAGGUGCAAUUUAUACAGGUAGCAAUGGAAUUCGGGAGGAUGAAUUUAAGAACCAUGUUGAAGACAGACAUGAUGAAUUUAGGACAAGGUUUCUUAAACGGCAGAAAUCUGAGGAUAGACAUUUAAUGGAAAUGAUAUUUAGUGGUUUAGUGGAAGGUGAAGUUGACAACAAUAUAGACACAUCUUUAAAAUUACCUCCAGAAAUUACCAGGACAACAAAAAGUUUAAUAUCAGAUGAGCUAGAUACGAAAGAGACAGUAUGUAAAGUUAGUAAAAGUAGUCCUUCCUUGAGAUCAGGAAUUCAACCAAUUUUAACAACCAGAAAUAUUGAUGUUGAUGAAAAUGAGAAAGUGAAAGUACAGGAUCCAGACCAAAGAUCAAGAAGAACACCAAGUGAGGAAAGUAAAACUAGUGUUAGAUCAGAUGGAACAGGUAGUGAUGGUGGCUCCAUUGGGUCUAAAACAAGCCGUCGUAGUGGAACUCCUGGUAAAUCGCGUCUCUUACCACAAGUACCUCACAAGAAAGAUCAAGCUCAGGAAAGUGAUUCUUCAGUUGAAAAGCAAGAGAAUCAUGUAGCAAAGAUUGUAUCAUCACCUAGUACCCACAGAAAAAAAAAAUCUGGGCUACGAAAACUACCAGAGGUUCCAAAAGUUCUCCUCAAAAACCGCAUAGCAAGGGAUCAAAGUGAUAGGCAAAGCGAAAGAGACAUUCAAGACCAGAGAGACAAGUCUGAUGUAAGUGGCCAAGAAAAUGAUGGUAAUAUGAAGCAAUCUCCUACUAAGGGGAGCACAGGUAGUGGAAUCUUAGAGAAUGAAAUUGUGCAAGAUGUUACUCCAGUGACAUUAACCGAUGACUUCAAUGAAAGUGCUACAAAGUUAGAAAAUGUAAUAAAGGAAAUUCACCCUGCUGUUCUAUGUGCAGGUCAAAAACUUGAAGUUGUUGUUAAUUCACCGUCUACCUCAGCUAAACCUGACAGUGAGCCAAAUAGUGCUAAUGCCGAUGCAAAAGCCAAAAAAUGUCAGCUAAUCGAGCCUUCAACAUACGCAGUGUUACAGACUAUUUCACAAGAUGAUGAGAAAAAUCCAGAGUGUUCAGAAUGUGCAACAAAUUGGCAGGAACCUAGUGCUUUCUUAGAUGUGGCAAGUUCUUUACGAAAUGAGAAAGCUACCUCAGGAGAAGUAGAUGUGAGGAAGCAACUGACAUCAAAAUUUAGCAGUCAAGUACAAGAAACAGACCAACACAUGAAUGAUGAACUCAAACGAAAAGGUUUAAUAAAGAAGCCAAUGUUAAAAAUUAUUCAAAAUGUGGCAUCACUUGAUCAGGACACAGGUAGCCUUGCUGUCCAGCCAUUGCCUUAUGAUGAUCAGCAGGUGACACCAAGUGAUGUGCAUUCACUCACAACAUCACCAUUGACCAAAGAGUCCACCAAACCCCAGAAAAAUGAUAUCCCACCAUCUAAUGAAAAAUUACUAAUUGGAAAUACUUCAGGCCUUACACCUGGUGAGGAAAAAACCUGUAUUGAGGAUAAAGAAAAGAAAGAAAUUCUUAAAAAAAAGAACUCAAAGAUUGCUAGUGAGUUUGGCAAUGAUCAUCACACUCAUGGUGUGGAUCUCAGCCAAGGACACAAUGGCACCAGUAUGAAUCCAUUACACAGAUAUACUAUGCAAAAGGAAUUGAAAGAAGAUAACUUACCAGAAGAGCAACAACAAAUUAAAACAUUUGAUGAUACAAUCACUGCUAACACAAUAUUGAAAGAUUCAUUAUUUUCUGAAAAAGAACCAAAGGAAAAAGAGAUUGGUAUCAGCAAAGAUGAUAACAAUACAGGUCUAGGUGAUAAAAAUGCUGACAAGAAUGAAAAUACAACAAAAUAUACAUUAAUACAUAAACCUGAAUUAAAACCAAUUACUGGAACUUUACUAGAUGAUGUAGUAACAUGUGAUUCGGAAACUAGAGAAUCAAUAACGGAGCGUGCACAGUUGAUUGAAACAAAACUAAACAAAACAGUUGUUAAGGAAGAAGCAGAAAGUACAGUAAAAUUUACAGAAACCAAUCAGCUAUCUUCAAAUAAUGAUGCAGAUCAAGUUCAUCACAUUCAAAAUAUUGAACUUACCAAACCCAAAACUAUGGAAGAACAUAUCGAUUCUACAAUUAAAGAGAAACAGAAAGAUUUUCUGAGAAGUAAAGGGAAUAUUCCUGUUGAUACAACCCUUAAAAAAUUCUUUGAGGACUUGAAACAAGGUUUGACUCCAGAUAUUGGAGAAAAAAAGAUUCUAACUAAAAAACCAACUUCUCUGAAUGUUAGUAUAAAGAAUACAGAAACAGACAUGUCUCCAAUGGACAAUGAUAAUGUGAUGCAAAAACUACCCCACCAUCAUCUUCCUCCCCUGGAAUUUGAAAAGUUAGAUGAUGGACUAAGUGACAAGUCAACAAGCAAGUCCCCAAGGAUAAGAGACAAAAGUAGGUCAUCAGAUACUGAAGCAAUGGAAUCUGCUAGAAUGCGGAGAAGAAAGAGACUUCUACAGCAAAAAGAGAACCAAACUAAACAAGGGUCUGUUGAUAAAUCUGAUAAGUCAUUGGAUUCUCCAAGGAAGUUGCAAAGUUCUCAUGAAUUUAUUUCACCUCGUAGUAGUAAUAGAAAUCUUGAUCUAACAAAGGAUACUCAACAAAAAGAUACAGUAGUUGCUGGUGGUUCAGAUAUGAGUAAUGCCAAUAGGAAAGGAACAUCUUCCAGUAAAGUUAGAAGGAGACGCAGAAAGACCAUUGAUUCACCGGUAAAUUCCAAGACUUUAGGAUUGUUUAGUCGCAUUCCUAUCAAUGGUAGUUCUGAAAAUGUUCACAAAAUGAUAAAGCCGAAGUCUAUGGAAAAUAUUUCUAGUAAAAAAUCUUCUUACUUGGAUUCAUCUGUAUCAGAUGGGACAUUACUAAGUCCAAGGAAGAAGAGAGAAUUACCUAGCCCAGCUCUGUCUGUACAAAAUAAUGACAGUCAGAUGACACAACCUCAAGAAUCUGAUACAAAAGUUAAAUUGAAAAAUGAAAGAAAAAAGCAACAGGAGAAUCUUCGUACUACACGAUCUAUGGAGUGCCUUUUGUUGCCAUAUGACAAUCAGUGGGACAGUGAAAGUGACACUGGUAUUGAUUGUCAAAAAGAGGACAUGGUUUGUCCACAAUCUCCACGUCUUGCUUGGGAGCAUCUGACUCCACGACAACGUAAAAGGAGGGAGAAAAUCAGGUCAAAAGACUAUAUUGGUGAUGAUUUUAAAAUUUUGUCAAGUGAAGAUGAUCAAUUAUUUGUUGGGAGUGGUAUUGUUCCACCAAAAGUAAAUGUGGAUAGUUUUAAAUCAAGGGAAAAUGUAUCAGAUUUAAAACAGUUUGAAAAACCUAUUCAUCAACAUCUUCAUACUAAAAACUCUGAAACUCACAAUAAGGAUUUUUUGAAAUCAUCAAAAUGUAGUGGGAAAAUCUCUCCUAAAAAAGAAUCUUCAAGAAGUCCCACAAGUGUUGGGAGUGAUGGGUCUUCCAAAAAGUCUAAGAGUACCAAAUCUGAGAACUCUUCCAAAUUGAAAUCUGCAAGUAGAAAGAAAAGUCCAGGCAGAACUUCACCAAGAAAUGAUGGCAAGUCCAAAGAACCUGGUAAAAAGACUUCCAAGGGCAGGUUAAGUCCUACAGGCUCAAAUUCCAAACUUACAAAAAAAGACUCACCAGAAUCUGAGGUAUCAAAUGGAGCCUCUAAAAAAAGUCCAAAUUCUUUGAAAAACAGCACUACUAAAGGUUCUGGUAUUAAAACAACCAAAGAUUCAAACCAAUUAGAACAUCAUCCACCUCAAAUGAAGAGCCCUCCACAGUCUGCCAGAGAUCAACCUGAUGCUGUAACCAGCACAUCAUUUUCUAUUCCUGAUGAUCACAGCUUUCUUUCUACACCCCGAGAGAGAACACAGUUGUCUCCAAUACCUCGUGAAAAAUCAAGACAUUCUCCACGUAGAAAUGGAAAAAGGCAUUCACCAGUUGAAAAAGACGUCGCUGCUGGGGUGACAGUAGAGCAGUUGCGUCAUUCUAGUAGAGGAAAACAGAGCAUGUCCUCAGCUUCUAGUGAUGGAGUUAGAGAUGACAGAGGUAGUUCACGAGAUAAUAGUCAAUCAUCAGGAACCAGUGGAACUCAAUCUACCAUGCGGCCAAAACCACCUAAUGGCAAACCGUCCAAAGCUGUAAAUGCAAGAGCUAGGAGAUACAAAUUAUGUAGUUCCAGAGAACACAUUGAUGAGGCAUCUCAGUAAAGUUACUACUAUAUUCAAAAGCUGAUUUGAUGAAGAGUAGUGUUAUCUAAUAUUUUGUGUGAAAAUUAAAUUAUCCAAAUACAUGCGCAGUUUAGCUUUAGAAUUGGUUAGUCAGUGUCUUCUAAUUUAUCAGCAUUGUCAUUACUGCAGCCAGAUAACUUGCCAUCUGAUAGUUUACAGUAUCAACAGGUCAGCUGGAAAUGGUCAUUCAGUACAGAAUUCAGAUAAAAUACCAAUUAUAGUAAAUGAUUAUCUACAGAAUAUUAACAUGCACUUGCCUCAUUUCUUCAGAAUUUAGUUCUUGUAAGAUUUUCUCCAUGAAUACUCCGGAGUAUUUAAUAUAUAAAUAUUUUAGUUUGGGCUAUAUAUUAUUAUAUUACAUUUUAAUAAAAUUAGGCCAAAUAUAGAAUUUUAUAUUUUUUCUUCAUAUUUUCUAUUAUAAUUUUUUUUAAAUAUUUCGUUUUGUAGUUCAAAAUAUAUUUACAGAAAUUAAAUAUAUGGGAAGGAACAGUAUAUGUAUUAACUAGUCUAUGGAGAAAAUUGUGUAUUAUUAUCAAGCCCUAAAGAUUGGCUCACCUAUUAAAAUAUAUUUUUUAUGUCAAACAUCAAAGUAUUAAAUUUUGGAAUGUGGAACUCAGUCAGAACUUUGCAUUUUGGCAUUACUUUGCAAGUAAUGCCAAAAUAAUUGUUAUGUUGCCCAAGCCCAGUGAUAUUUGAAAAUCAAGGCCGAUCUGCCAGCAGUUUUUUGGUGCUUUACUGUGGGCCUAUAGGCCGAAUUCUAUAGUUCGUUGGUAAUCUCAGGGUUAAAAUCCAUGAUUAAUGUACUAAAUUUGUUACCCUUUUAAACACUAUACUAGUAUAAAAGCAAACCCCGGAACUUUUAAAUUUUGGUUAGGUUUGGCUUGGGCAAUGCAAACAGUUUAUUUUUGCCUGCAGUUGAAACUUCUUCCAUAGAAGAAUAUUUCUGUCUUCAAUUGUAUACUGGAGACUAUAAUGAAAGUUAUAGCUCUAUGUUGCAACAUGCUUGCCUGUAAACAAUUUCUGCUGAAUCAAUGACAAUUCAACAGUUUAAUAAUUUACUCUUAUUUUUGUUUUUGUAAUAGGGAAUUUUUCAUGCUGAGCCCUGCCUACUUUCAUGCCGUGCAUGUCUAAUUAUUGUUUGAGCCUGAUGUUUCAACUGUUCUAGGAUGUCCAAUGUUUACUUUUAAUUAUUUCAUAGAAGAAAAAUUAUAUUAAACAUAACUUCUAGCAUCCUAGAAAGACAGUGGCUCAAAGAAGCAUGCAUAGUGGGACAAGUAAGCAGAGCUUAGUGAGCUGACAAGCCAUCAUUCUCUUCUCAUUCUGUUAAACUUUAUAAUAUUGAGGGAAAGGUAUGAUAUAAAUAUAGGAUGUUUAGUAUUAUUUUGAAUUUUAGAUAGUUUAAUGGAUAUGCCACCACCACCAGUAGAAAAUAAUUAUCACCUGUUUAAGUAGUGUUUUUGAUAUUAACCAAUUUAAAAGUACCGUAAGCAAUAGAUUUAAAACCACCUUUAGAAGGUAUCAUAGAUCACCUUGUUUGCACUACCUAGUAUCAUUGAAGAUAUACUGUCUGUCUUGGGUUAAGAAACUUUACAAAACCAUAAUCAAUGUAUUUCCUCUGGUAUAAAACCACCCCAUUUGACAAAACAUUUUUCUGGGUUUUUUUUUUUUUUUU